AUGAGGAAUAUCUGUUGCAUUUGCAAAGUAGUGCUUUUUCUUAAUCUCAUUUGCUUUUACAGGCAAAACAAAUCUCUUUUCAGCUGUCUCUUUUCGGCUGUCUCUUUUCAGCUGUCUCUAACAGUCCUGAAUCAAGUCAAGAGCUUCUUGACUGAGGGUGGACUGAUACGUAAGGAAUCCCUUAAAGUCAUGCUUGUUUGUGGUUCUGAUUUACUUCAAUCUUUCAGCAUUCCCGGCUUUUGGAUCCCUGAGCAGGUUAGAGCAAUAUGCAAAGAUUACGGUGUGGUUUGCAUUCGUAGAGAAGGACAAGAUUUGGAAAAUAUCAUCAGUGGUGAUGAGAUUUUGAAUGAAAACCGGGAUAACAUUAAAAUCGUCGACGAGCUUGUCCCGAAUCAAAUCAGUUCAACUAGAUUGAGGGAAUGCAUUUCAAGAGGAUUGUCUAUAAAAUAUUUGACCAUAGAUGAAGUGAUCGAUUAUAUCGGAAAACAGAAUUUGUACCUGAAAUCAGUUGACAAUUGACUAUAGGCUAACUGAUUGGGUUAGUAAACGUUAAUUCUUAUAUGUAAAAGAUCAUUGUUGAUCAAAGGAAACAUUCUUUAUAAUUGCUGGAGUGUUUUGUUUUCAUAGAUAUAGGUGCAACAAUUCCAGUUUCUUAUCUA